CCCGUGCGGUUGCGCUCCCCCUCGGGCCUCGGCCGAACCGCUCCCCACGGGGCUAUUCGCGUUCUCCCCGCGCGUGCUUUCUCUCCCUCUCUCUCAGCGCGCCGCCGCCGCCGCCACCGCCACUGGCGCCUUACGCCAGAUUCCCAGGUCUUCGUCGGUCCCUUCUCCGGCAACGAGUACCCAACAAAUGAAUGCUUUGGAGCAGUUGGCAUCCAUUGAUCUCAUCGAGCUAUGCAAGGAGGCCAGAAUUGAGCGUUGCCGUGCAACUAGAGACUUGAGUAGCUGUGGCCGCUAUGUUCGUCAUGUGCUUAACUCAUGUGGCCAUGCCUCAUUAUGUGCUGAGUGCAGCCAAAGAUGCGACAUCUGCCCAAUUUGCAGGAGUUCAAUACCGGACAAUGGAAAUAGGGUUCGGCUACGUCUUUACUACAAGUGCUUGGAAGCGGGCCUUAUUUCUAAGCAGCACGAUGAAAGAUUUCAGGAAAAGGAAGACCAUGGCAAUCCUGUUAGCAUGGAUGUCCAGCGGCUGCAUUCAUUGUUCGAUGUUGCAGUCCAGAACAAUCUUACUUCCCUUAUUUGCCACUAUAUCACAGAUGUUUGUUUGGACGAGAAUGCUGUGUCAAGUGAUCCACUUCUGGCUUUUCUUUUGGAUGAGGUGGUCAUCAAGGACUGGUGCAAGAGGGCUGUUAAUGUGCUCAUUACUGAGAUUGGCGUGAUCUAUAGGUCUGGAUUAGAAACGAUGAGAUCUAAGUUAUCCCAACUGCAAAAUUUUGCCACACAGUUGGCAGGAAUUUACAGUGUACUUGAAGUUAUGGUUUCAUCUUUCACUGAUGCAGUUUCAACGCAUGUUAAUGACCUGCAUCAACUCAUUGAGAACACAUUGAAGGCAAAGCAGCAUUUGGAGGCCAUGAUCUGGUGUAUCAGGCAUAGAUUUAUUCAGGACAUCUGCUCAAGGUACACUGAUCAUACAUCAUGGAGCUCUGAUGUGAUUCAAAGGAAGGCAUAUGCAGAAGAAAGAAAAUGGCCUGGAUUUUCUGAUAAAGGGUCAGAUAUAAAUGAAGCCAAUCAGAGUACACUAUUCAUCGAGCAGGCCCUACAAAACCUUGGGAUUGAACAAAGUUAUAGGGAUAAGGAGGAAGAAAUAGCAAUCGCAUGUUUACAGAACGAACAAUCAUCAUCUAUGUUCUGUUCCACAAUUACAACUGAUCAUUUUAGUAUUGACAGAUACCCUUUUAAGAAUUUGCGUGAGGCAGUUGAUGUACUCUUUCUACACGGAGCAUCAGACAUGGUGAUUGCAAAGCAAGCUAUUUUAUUGUAUUAUCUAUUUGAUCGACAUUGGAGUAGACCAGAUUCAGAAUGGAGGUAUCUGGUGGAUGAUUUUGCUGCUACCUUUGGGAUUACUAAUAGAACAUUGCUUGAGUGCCUUGUAUUUUGUCUUCUAGACGAUCAUUCUUCAGAAGCCUUGGAGGAGGCCUGCUCUCUUCUUCCCAAGAUCUCUAGCAAGGAAACACAUCCAAAGAUAGCACAAGUUCUUCUGGAACGUCACAAACCUGAUAUGGCACUUCUUGUGCUGAAGUGCACAGGGCGUGAUAGCUUCUCUGCUACAGAAAACUUUGAAAAAGAUGGCAUUUCAUCUCUUAGCGAGGCAGUGACUGUGGUCCGUGUUAGAAUUGAAUGUGGCCUCCUUACAGAAGCGUUUAUGUAUCAUAGGAGCUACUGCUCUAAGGUGAAAGAGCAACGCUCAGCAGAUAUGACACAUUCUGAGGAUGCAUUCAAAAGCUCUUGGAUUUAUCAUGUUGAGAUGAUGAUGACCGAAUUUUGUACUAUCUGCAUUGAAAGGAAUUUAGUUGAUAAAAUGAUUGAUCUGCCCUGGGAUUCUGAGGAAGAGAAACAUCUUCACAAGUCCCUCUUUGAGUCUGCUCAUGAAAUGCCCAUGAAACCAAAUGGUAGUCUGCUUGUUGUCUACUACCUUCGGCGUUAUCGGUAUUUGGAGGCAUAUGAGGUUGAUCGUAGUCUUCAGAAAUUUGAGCAAAAGAAAUUGGAAAAUACCACUGAAGAGAUUGCUUCAAAAAUCAGAGCAAUUGCUCAAUGGAGAGAGAGUUUGGUUGCUAAAUGCCUUGACAUGCUUCCAGAGGUCCAGAGAGAGAUUGUGAAAGCCAUCAACAGUGGAGAAAAAAGUCAAUUUGCUCGAACUGCUCAGAUAUCUUCUCCAGCUCAUGUGGGCAAAUCACAAAAUCCUGUCAUGGACUUGAGCACAACUUUUACGACUGUUCUUCAAAAUAAGUCAAGCCUCUCAAAAAACAAUGCAUCGACUGAUUCUGGUGGUGUAAUCUGGAGCAGCCACUCAGAGUUUGGUAGAAAGGUCCCAUCUGUUCUGCAGACCAGGGCAUCACCCCUGGGGCCACCUACAUCUAAUAUGAGAUCAACUGCAGGGGGUAUGUUCCCCACAGUGGGCCAGAAUGUUGAGAGUCCAUUUUUGAGGGGGGCUAUAGAUAUCAGUUCUAGAAAAGGAGAGUCAGGUUUCAAAAAAGGGACUAAAUAUGCUGAUCAUGAUCCACUGCCUAUGUAUUUGAACUUAAGUUCUGGUGAUACACCUACGAAAGACUACCAAACAAGUUUGUUGAAGACAGAGGUUAACAAAACCACCUAUCUUCAAGGAAAAGAUUCUGUUGUAAAAGGAGAGUUCCAGUUUGGUUCACGUGCUGAGAAGCCUUUCAUCUUAAAUGGAACUGGUGUAGGUCAAAAUGGCCUUGCUAAGGUCUCUGGAUAUGCUGGUUUUCGUGAGGAUUAUAAAGUACCAACUAAGGAGAACAUCUUGAGCUUUAGCAAGAAAUCUUCAGUUGAUGGAGCACAAGCCAGCAAAGGUGUGUCAAGGUGGAGAUCUGAUGAGUCUAGUGAAGAUGAAGAAGAGAGAACAAACCGGGAGAGCGCAGCUUCUCUUGUUGCUAGAAGGCGGCCUAGAUUUUCGAGAAGAUGAUAUAUCCACAUCCUCAGGGAUCUUUAAUUGUUGGCAGUGGAGGAUUGUUUUAAUAUCUCCAUAGUUACACCCUAAUGUAACAAUACUUUGUUCCAAGGGAAAUGUGUAUGUCACCAAGGAUGCUAGAAAACAAAAAUGAAAAGGCAUGACAUGUACCAAAUUAUAUUCUCCAACUUUUGUACCAAAUGCAUUGUACAUGAUGUUCAGUACACUAGGUGCAAGUCCAACAGUCGUGCUAAUCUCAUUUAUUUGA